AUGGAGGGUUGGUAUCAAUUUGGGUAUGAUGGCUUCCCAUCUGGCGAAGUUAGACGGCGAUUUUAUUGUCAACGUGACGACCCGUGCGAUAGUGAAGAAGAACAAGAAGUAUACAAUGACAAUGACAGGCCUGUCUAUUAUUAUCCGAUGCAUGAGAGUGAGGAAGCCUCCUCCAUGGAGGAUGAGGUGGAGGAGCUACCCUUGCCGCCUACGAUCCCUUUCUCUUUGCGUCCGUCGGUGUGGGAUAGUUACCCGGGACACUGUGGCAGUGCCUCUGUUGUAUUGAGGGCUGCUAGUGGCGGUGAAACAGAGGGUGGUGAUGCUUACUUCUUUUUGCAUGGAGGCAUAUUGGCAGUGACCGGGCGGGUCGUCAAUACCUCGGCAGUGUUGCGCGUGGAGUCACGCGUGGAUUGCGUCCCUGGAAAUGAAGCCGUUUCUGUUGUGCCUUUAGAUGCCUCGCUUGCGAAGGCCAUUUGCUUCACAGGUGAGGAGCCAUUCGCUGCUGCUUCUGCUACUUCUAUGACGGGGGAGAUUGUUACAGAGAAUGUGACAGUCCCACCUCGGCGAUUUGGGCACUGCGCCGUGGUGAUUCCAAGUUCUCGUGCAGUUGACAUUCUUCUGCCCAAUUACCGUGCCAAUUGCGAGGUGCAUCUAACAUUUGUUAUUGGGGGUGCCUUUGCUGACCAUGUUCCAAAAAUGUUGCAUGACGUGCGCAUCAGAGGUUUGGUGAUGUGUGAGCCUUGGUUAUGUGUAACAGUGCUGCGAAGGGGUGAACCUUCAGGCCGUUUGAGUGCGUCCAGUGCGCACGCACUAACGCCCAUAUCACCUGUUGCCCAGUGGACGCUGCACUCCCCUCUCACUGGGUUGCCGCCAUUUAUUGCUACACCGCGUGUGUUUGCCACCUUGACUCCGUGGCCUAUGACAGAGAAAGACUCUAACCUAGUCUCCUACGCGUAUUUGGGUGGUAGUUUGAACGGGUGGGAUCCAUUACCGUUGUUUGGGCUCUGGCUUCUCCAUGUAGACACGAAGCAGUGGGUGCUUUCCAGCAGUUUGCUUGAAACGUUUGGGGAGGAGCCACCUUCGCGCUUUGGACACUCGGCGGUUAUUGUUCACACAGAGGAGCUGUAUGUGUUUGGCGGCAUUGGAUUGCAGCGCGAGUACCUGAAUGAUCUAGUAGUGCUCAACUGCAGAACGAGGGUGUGGCGCGAAGUGUUUGUGCCAUCCGCCGUUACGAUACCUUCACGUGCAUUUCACAGCUGUCUGCUCUUGCCGUAUCGUUCAGCCUUAGUUAUCGUUGGCGGCGAGGCAGUCGGCCGCCACGAGUCAAGUGUGUGGAGCUACAAUGUGGAUUGCGGCAACUGGUGCCGGAUGACGUUUCCACUGCUUGACAGCGCCAUGGGUUUGCUGCAAGCAAAGGGGGACGAUGCCGCGACAAAUUGUGUGAUUAUCGCCGCUAAGUUGUUAUGUGAGCGUGAACAAUCGAGUGUGGAAGGGCGCGAGGUGGCGAACCGCAGAGGUUUGGGGCGGAAACGAGAAGAGGUUGCGCACCAUAACUACCGUAACACCGGCGCAGAUUCGCCACGGUUUGAAUUGUUCCAUUGGAAAUACACUCGCGCGGUGUCUUUUUCUGCCGUCGCCAACGAAGGAAGUACGUUUCCACCGCUGAGCGCAUACUACUUUGCCGCCAUGCACGGCUCUCUGUUGCAGGUACUUUGCAUGCAGGGAGGCAUCAUCGUCAUGGGUGGCACAAAGUCACCGGGCGUGACGUCCAUCAGUUGGAUUCCCGCGCGGAACUACUCCUUGAAGGAGAGUGCGGCUCUCUGGAUUGGUAUGCAUCAACCGCAUCCUUUCCCUGAUGUGGGCACGCGAGGGCCGGGGGUGCGCACCGACGCAGGCGCCCUGCGGGGCUCGGUAAACCUUAAAAGGUGCACUGCGCAGAAUGGUGGUGUGAGUCUAGUGGAGCGCUCACUCGCUGAGGACCAACUGGAACAAUGGCAGCAUAAUGCCCGUAAGCGCCUACGGGAACAAUGA